AAUAUUUGGGGACUGGGGGGUUCUAAUGACGUCAGUGUUCAAUAAAUAAUUUUUUUAUUUUUGUGACAUUUAAAACAGUGGCUGACAGGUUUCAGUCCAACAAAAUCCGUGAUAUUGGGUGUAUACACGUAUUUGUAUUUACCUUUUCCUUUCUUGUUAAAAUCUCUGCAAUGACAUACAGUAUCUGGUCAUGCAAGCAGCAAGGGAGCUGUUCUUUCAGCACCACCACCUAAAACUGAACUGCAUACAUCACCCUUUAAUACAGAGCUUCAGCUAUAAUAUAACUUCUUCCUCUUGGUGGCUUUGCAUUAUUGUAAAGAUCUUGUUUCACUACAUUUCACGUAGUUUCAGUCCCUCCCAUAUUGAGGACUCUCACUGUCUUCUGCAGCUUCUCGACUCCACAACCAAACGUCAGAACUCCACCAAAUGUUUCCACCACUCCAUGGUUGUCCACAACAGCUCCAUCAUUCUCAAGUCGCCAUCUGCUUGCCCAGUCUACAACACUCCCUGUUCAUGAACACACAAUAUUUUACAAACCAUCUGUUCGACUCCGACUGGACUCUCCUCCAGAAUGCAAGCCUUCAGCAGAUUCUCCAUUCAGAUCCAUCUCUCUUGUCAAAAGCAUCCAUCUUUAUGUUCUACGCCUCUUAACUCCUGGACUGUCCUCAAGACGGUGCUGAACUCAGAGGGCCAAAUUUCCCUGCAUUGUACAUUUUCUUUUGUUUUUCCUUUUCAUUCUGUGUCCUGCUUGUCAUUCUGCAUGUGAAACAUGACAAUAUAAUAAUACUCUCACCAGCUUCAUCCUGCCUCUUCAAGAGGUCUUUAGUUUUUGUUCAGGGGUGAAUAAGCACAUUAUGGACCUCAAUAUGUUCUCCUCUGGGACACAUCCAGUAUUUCUUUCUGAAUUGUAUAAUGACUGGAAAUUCCCAUUUUGUUUCUUCUUGCAUAUAAUUGUUUGAACAGAUGAAAGUGGCACUUUUUAGUUAUCUGUCAAACGUACUCAAGGAUGAAGCAGACUAGUGGAUGUCAAGAAAUCCUUUCCAGUGACAUCCACAGUUAUGACACCAUUUAACUCAUAUUUGGAAUAAACCUAUGAGAAGCUUAAAAAGUUCUGGCAUCAUUAUGUGGGAUUUCAUAAAUUCUGAAAUGGCACAGUAACAUGUCAACUUUUGAAUUACACAAAAGUGAUGAAACUUCUAUAAAGCAAACUCUACAUGUAUUUUAGCAGCCUGUAGAAAAUAGAAGUAGGAAAAAUAUAGUCUAAUUUAAUGCCAGACCGAUAGAAAUGUCGAGUUUCGAUAUUCGUUAUUGUUUUAUAUGGACUGUAGUUUGUUCACAUGUUUAAGGAAGGUGAAUAUUUUUCUAGUGAAGGGAUCCUACCCUGUUACUUCAUGACACUAAAGAGUUUGGUGUCUCUUUGGAUUGACAACCUACAACCUCAAAAUAAAACAUUCAAACUAGUUUUGACUCAAUAGGUUAUUCAAAAAGCAUCGGAUAUACUUUUAUUUAUUUUUCUUUUACCCACAGUUUUAUUAAAAGCAGCUUAAUUCAGAAAUGCCUUCAAAAUACAAUCAAUAAAGGGGGAAAAAAAAAAUCCCAGCUGGAGGUGCCAAGGUGAGGAGAGAUGUUGUUUUUCAUCUCGGAGCCCCUCCGUCACUCACCGCCUUGCAGCCAAUAGUAAGUUCGCCUUGGUCGGACCGACUCGCCGCGUGCCGCUCCGGUCCCUCCUCGUGCUGUCCUCGCCGUGCACGCGCGUGGUACCCACGGUCGUGAGGAAGGAGGAGGAUGUUGCGCGUGAAGGGGAAAUGGCUGCCGAAAACAAGCCGGAAGGACUGAAGAAAGUUCGUAAUCCGGAUCGAAUGUACAGAUCAGCAGUGUGUUAUGCUGGCCAUGGUCCACCUAAGAGUAUCAGUGAUGACACAGAGACGAACAAUGAACAUGGACAUUUGAAAAUAUACCUGCCUAAGAAGCUGCUUGAAUGUCUACCAAAAUGCACGUCGCUGCCGAAGGAGAGGCACCGGUGGAACACUAAUGAGGAGAUUGCAGCUUACUUGAUAACAUUUGAAAAGCAUGAAGAGUGGCUAACGACAUCCCCUAAAACAAGGCCGCAGAAUGGGUCGAUGAUACUGUACAACAGGAAGAAGGUGAAGUACAGAAAGGACGGCUACUGCUGGAAGAAGAGGAAAGAUGGGAAGACCACGCGAGAAGAUCACAUGAAGCUGAAAGUGCAGGGAGUUGAGUGUCUGUAUGGCUGCUAUGUCCACUCCUCUAUCAUCCCCACCUUCCACCGCAGGUGCUACUGGCUGCUCCAGAACCCAGACAUUGUGCUUGUCCACUAUUUGAAUGUUCCAGCUAUUGAGGAUUGUGGGAAACCAUGCGGACCAAUCCUGUGCUCCAUCAAUACAGACAAGAAGGAAUGGGCCAAAUGGACCAAAGAGGAGCUGAUUGGACAGCUAAAACCCAUGUUUCAUGGCAUCAAGUGGACUUGCAGCAAUGGGAACAGCAGCUCUGGUUUCUCAGUGGAGCAGCUAGUGCAACAGAUUCUGGACAGCCACCAAACUAAGCCACCUCCCCGGACUCACAACUGCCUCUGCACGGGUACCCUGGGUGCAGGGAGCAGUGUACACCACAAAUGCAACAGCGGCAAACACCGCAUCAUCUCCCCUAAAGUGGACCCCCGUUCUGGUGGAUACAGCAGUACACACUCUGAGGUCCAAAACAAUGAUGUGUCUGAAGGGAAGACCGAACACAGUGCCCAUGGUGGAGGAAAAAGCUCUGGGGGAGGAGGAGGAGGUGGUGGCAGUGCCAGAGAGAAACGCAAUGGCAAAGUCCACAAGCCUGUCCUCCUGCACCAAAACAGCACAGAAGUGUCGUCCACCAACCAAGUGGAGGUCCCUGACACCACGCAGAACUCCCCAGUGUCCAUCAGCAGCGGCCUCAACAGUGAUCCAGACAUGGCAGACAGCCCCGUGGUGACAGGGAUGACCCAUGUUCCGUCUGUCAUGUCUGGCCUGUCCCAGAGUGUCUUCAUGUCUGAGGUCACUGGAGAACCUGUCUAUAGCAUGUCUCCAACUGGGGGUCCCAAUGCUCAUCUGAUGGGUGCAGAUGCCACUUCACAGGGCUUGGUGCUGUCCAUGGCCGCUGAACGACACAAAUUUGCCUUCCCCGGAGGAGGAGGAGUAGGGGAACCUGGGACUACCACAGCAGGAGACAGUCUGUCAAUGUUGUCUACGGCGAGUGUGUCUGAAGAACUGGUGCUAACCAGCAGUCUUGAUUCUGGAACCAUCAAGAUUCCAGAGACCAAUAUGAACUUUGAUCCUGACUGCUUCUUGAACAACCCUAAACAGGGCCAGACCUACGGCGGCAGCGCAAUGAAGACAGAGGGCAACUCUUCCUCAACAUCUUCUUCCUCCAGCGGCAGCAGUAGCACCAACGGGAGUCUCCAGCGCUCUCCCAACUUGUCAGACAAUAGCUACCCCUUCAGCUCAGCUCUCGUAAAGAACAUCAAGACAGAAGACACAUCAUUUGAGCAGCAGAUGAAAGAAAGUGGUUACCAGGUUGGAGGAGUUGUGAACUGUGGUGGUGGGGUGUCAUCUGGUGCUGGAUCAGGUCAGGGCAGUCUUAGUCUGACCCCUACAGGCUCACUGCUUCCUUCAGGAGGGGGGCUUAGUCCCAGCACCACUUUGGAGCAGAUGGAUUUUAGUGCCAUUGAUGCCAAGCAAGAAUAUACUUCUAGUGCUACCACAGUGAACUAUGGUCAGGCCAUUUCUAGUCCACAUAUGCAACACCAGAAUCGCUCGCCCAGCUUCUUCCUUCAGGAUGCUUCUCAAACCAGCCAGACGCAGCAGGCCAGGUCAAGCAUGGGCCAGAAAUCACAUCUUAUGGAGCACAACUCCCAUGACUCUGGAGCUUAUAUGGGAUUGCAAGUGGUAAAAUCUGACUCCCCUUCCAGCAAUGGCCACCUUCAUCAUCACCACCAGAGCCAGAUGCAACACAGGGCCAAUUGUAAUGGAGGUUCACCCACAGAGGGGUCCGCCCAAGCGGCUUCUCUCCAGCUGCUGCAGUACCAGGGGCCCUUUCCUGGGCUGGGAACGGAACAUGAAGAGGUUGUUGGUCUAGAACAACCAGGUAAUGUCAACUCAGCUCAGACUGGAGCCACGGAGAAUGGUGGCGAGAACCUCCUCAAGCCAGGGGAUCACAUUCAGGCCUGUGGAGCAGCAAACAGAGAGGGAGGGAGACCAGAGCACUACAUGCAACAGGCUUCAGAUGGUAGCAAUGGAGGGGCAGGAGCUACAGGUGAAGGAGUAACAAUGCAUAAUGGAAACAGUGACGGUAGCAACCGCACCCAGCAGUUACAGCCUCUCCUCCAAGGCACAAGUAUGGUGCAAGGACUCUACAAUGCAGUGGGAGCCCAUCAAGGUCUGACUGGAGCAGCUAACAAUGGAGGAGCUGGUGGAGCUGGCAUGGAGAUCAGUCUGGACCACUUUGACAUAUCCUUUGGAAACCAGUUCUCUGACCUCAUCAAUGACUUUAUCUCAGUGGAUGGCAGUGGAACCACCAUGUCUGCUGGAGGUGCCCUGUAUGCUCACCAGCUAGUCACAUCUCACAACGCUGAAAAUCAGAACCCAGCCAGUGGGCCCCCCCAUCAGGGCCAGGAGGACGGAGGAGCCAGAGGCUCGGGCUACAGCCCCUCAGAGCUCUGCCUUCAGCCUUGCUGUAGCCCUCAGUCGCUAAGCGGAGGCGCAGGAGCAGGAGGCAACACCGGAGAAGCUGGAUCGCUGUCCUACAUGAAUGUUGCAGAGGUCGUCUCUGCAGCUGUUGCCCAAGGGGCUUUGGGGAUGUUACAGGCCACAGGUCGUCUCUUCAUGGUCACUGACUACUCCCCUGAGUGGUCCUAUCCUGAGGGUGGAGUGAAGGUGCUGAUCACUGGUCCCUGGCAGGAGGCCAGUUCAAAUUACAGCUGCUUGUUUGACCAGAUCUCGGUUCCGGCCUCGCUCAUCCAGCCAGGGGUGCUGCGCUGCUACUGCCCAGCUCACGAUACAGGCCUGGUGACGCUACAGGUGGCCAUCAGUAAUCAGAUUAUCUCCAGUUCUGUGGUGUUUGAGUACAAGGCUCGGGCUCUCCCAUCACUGCCAUCCUCUCAGCACGACUGGCUUUCACUGGACGAUAACCAGUUCAGAAUGUCAAUCCUGGAGCGCUUGGAGCAGAUGGAGAGGAGGAUGGCAGAGAUGGCCAGCCACCAGCAGACAAGCAGUGCGGGGAGUGGUGGCGCUGGAGGAGGAGCAGGAGGAGGCGGAGGUGGGGGAGGAGUAGGAGGAGGGAGUGGAGGAGGGGCCGGAGGAGGGAACAAUAGUCAGUCACAGUGUGCAUCUGGCCAGACGCAGGCCAGCAGCUCCUUUGAGAGCCGUGUUGUAGUGGUCUGUGAGAAGAUGAUGAGCAGAGCUUGCUGGGCCAAGUCCAAACAUUUAAUCCACUCCAAGACCUUCAGAGGGAUGACACUCCUUCACCUGGCUGCUGGCCAGGGCUAUGCCACCCUCAUUCAGACACUCAUCAAAUGGCGCAAUAAGCAUGCUGAUAGUAUUGACUUGGAGCUGGAAGUGGACCCUCUAAAUGUUGAUCACUUUUCCUGCACACCUCUGAUGUGGGCAUGUGCGCUUGGUCAUCUGGAGGCAGCAGUCGUCCUGUAUAAAUGGGACAGGCGGGCCCUUGCCAUCCCAGACUCCUUGGGUCGUCUGCCCCUGUCAAUUGCUCGCUCUCGUGGCCACACCAAGCUGGCUGAGUGUCUGGAACAACUGCAGAGGGAAGAGCAGCAGCCGCCCGCCUCUCUACCGCCAACCACUCGGAUGUCUUUCUCCCCAGCCCCCGAUGCGCCCACCUCCGAUAGCUGGAUGGUCAGCUGGGCAAACGACAGCAUAGUAGCACCUGGCAGCAAGAAAGGAGGUCCUGCUAACACAAUAACCACACCCAGCACCACCAGCCCCAACCCAGAUUUAAGAAGGCCGAGAUCAGAACCUUCUAACUGCUACAGCAGCGAGGGCCAAAGAGAUCUCCCGUUGGCUAAAAAACAUAAACCUAACCCGGAAUUAUUUCAUAAUCGACCCGACAAGCCCAUGUCUGUUCCUCUGAGCCUGGAGCAGCAACAGCUCCACAAACUGUCCUCCAGCACCAAGAGCAUGUCCGCGGAGGGCCUGAGCGCUGACAAAAGUCUACCAACAGGAGGCAGCACUGGGACAACCAGGUGGAACUCCAGAGAGAGUUUCUCCCACAGCAGCAUGGGGAAGAAAGCGCUUGGCAUCAGUGGAGGCAGCAGUUUAGGAAAGGAGAAGCUGGUCAACCGACUGCGGCAGCGGGAGCAGCUGGGCAUGCUGGUUAUGGCGGACAGAGAAAUGGCAGAUUCAGAACUGCUGUCGUAUCGAGAGGACCUGGAGAAUCAGGACUGUCUCACGCAGAUGGAUGACCUACAGGUAAACAUGAUGACUCUGGCAGAACAAAUCAUUGAAGCAACACCAGAAAGAAUCAAAAGGGAGAACUUCAGCGCUGCAGACUCUGGGCCUUUAGACACAUCGGCGGUCAGCACCACCAUGAACUGGCUAGCCAGCUACCUGGGAGACGUAGAACAGCUGUCAAGCAUCAUACACCUACGAUCUCUGUACAAUGAGCCACUGACACAAUCAUCUAACCCUAACCUGAGUCCUCGGGGGUCUCCGCUCAGAGAGGGCCCGUUGGAGAGGACUGCGGUUCCUUCCCCGUCCGACUGGAGUGAGUUCAUCAACGCCUCCAACAGCAAAGUGGAGCGAGACCUGGCCCAGCUGACUCUGUCAGAUCCAGAGCAGAGAGAGCUGUACGAGGCUGCCCGAUUGGUCCAAACUGCCUUCCGCAAGUACAAGGGUGAAAGAAUUGAAAAGGGCCAGGGAACAUGAGACCCCUCAGAAGAGCCCCCUUGCGAUGUGACAUCACUCUCCUGACUCCUCUUUUCUUUUUUUGUUUGUACCUGAGACAUUUUACAAGAGAACAGAACAAAAAGAAAAAAACAUCGGGUCAAGCACUGCUAUUAUUACUACUACUAGAGCAGUGUUAAUGGUUCAACUGCUAUCACGUUGUAUGACAGCUUUUUUUUUUUUUUUUUUACAUGUUUAUUCUUUCCACUGACUUGGUGACUUCAACAGCAUUAUGAACUCAAAGAACUGGGGCAACGGGUGCAGAACAUUGGCUUCAUGGCAUCUUUUGCACUUUUUCAUGGACUGCUUUUUAUUUUUAUUUCUUUUUUUAGCUAUGGAGAGGUUUUGGACAGUGAUGAGGGACGACGGAGGACAGGCGGUCGGUCAAACGUGAAGAUCUCGAGAGAUGAAAGUUAGGGCUGUUGCAGAAAAUCUCAAAGGACAAGGAGACCAUGCAGAAACACUCUGGGUUCUCGUUGUAUUUCAUGGUUAUUUUUUAAGACCAAUAAAUUCACUCAAAGACAGAUUUUUCUUUUUUUAACACCCACACAUACCCCACCCACUUUAAACCCAAUGCUGGUGAUUUAACAGUAUCCAUUUAAACUUAGUAUUCUUUCCAGUCCUUCUUUGCUCGACCCCACCGGUCCGCCCGCCUGGCUGGAGCUACAAAUGAAUGUAGUGGGGUCCAAACAUUCAUGCUGAAGCAGAUUGGGGAUAAAACAUGUUCUUUUAAAAAGAUACUAUGCUUUAUUGUGUAUAUAUAUAGUCCCUUUAUUACUUGAAUUUGUUUCAUAAUGUCCAAUGUACUCCUUCCAUCAUGUCCAAUGUAUUGGUGAGCUGUAUCAGGCUAUAUGUUGUUAAAUCCUACCAAGAAAAAAAAAAUGCAUGACUUCUAGACAGAAAAAGUCUUUGCUUGUGUGUUUAUGGUCUAGCCCUUCAGUCUUUCUUCUGAUUUUUAUUUUAUUUCCACAUUUCUCUUCAUAAGAGCCGUUAUUAUUUCUGUAAUUAAGCUAAUAUCCGUGUUCUCCCAGUUAUUUUGUUUCCUUCUUGGUUCCCCUCCCAGAGGGGAGCAAAAUGUCAAUUUUUUUAUAAUUUUUUUUGUGUUGUAACUCUUGUAGUCAUGCAGGUUGUUAUUGUUCUUUUGAGUUGAACUCCGGAGCCUCUGCAGGCUUUUGAGGGGAAAAUCACAUACAUUGCCUUGACGUCUUAGAGAUUCUUUGUGGGGUCCCUAAGCUUGUCCCAAAAUAGGGGUUUGACAAAUCCAUAUUUUUUGACAAUUGAGUGAUUUCUGUAUAUAAAAGAAGGCUGCAAGUAUGUAGGGGAAAAAUGAACAUGUUCCCUUACAGGGAUUGUAUUUUAGAAAUAUAUUAUUUUAUUCAUUAAAAAUGGGUCGAAAACAGGUACAAGACAAAAACAGAAUAUUUGUAUAGUUUUGGUUGAAUGCUUAAGAAGUAUGGUUCUAUUGUUUGUACAUAGUGUAAAUAUCUGGGAUAAAGAUGAGCUAAGUGCAUGAAAAGUAUGAACAGAGUUAAAAGGGGGGAAAAAACUAAAGCAGUAGUGGCUAUGCUCUGUAAAAUUAAAAAUAUUUCACUAUUAGAGUAUUUUACUUUAUUUUGAUUGUUCCGGAGACAAACAUUUUGCUAAAGCAUGAUAUUAUUGCAUAUGAAAAAGUUAAAAAAAAAUAAUGUAUUUAGUGUUAGGAGAGGUCUUUAAAAAUUAUCUUAAAUCCACUAUAGUUACUUUCAUUUUUUUGUCAUUAUCUGUUUGGUUUGGGCUCCCAAGAAACUUUUGCCAAUGGUGCCAAGGUAUACGAUUGCUAUGAAGCUUAAGAAUUUAUUUAAGUCCAUUUUUGCAGAACAGAUAAUCAUACAGUGAAAUACACUCAAAGGAACGAAAACCAUAACAUCCUGACUGACUGAGGAUUGAAGAAAACAUAACUUGUAAAGGGACUCAUUUUCAAACGAAGGGCAUUUUAGUGCAAGUUCAUUAUAUUUCCACCAUCCAGAUACAUCGUAGGGUUCUGUUCAUCUCCUAAUAUACCACAUCAGAUAUGUGCUUGAUUUUUGUUGUCAGUAAAAAUGGAAUGUGACGAUCAUAGAGGUAUCUUGUCUGAACUCAAAGAUUGUAAACGGAUGCCUUUCCCAUUUGGAUCCUGACAAAGCAAACACAGGUGUUGCUGUUUUUAUCACUGAAACAGACUGAAUUCAUCACCUCAGCUGUGCAACCUGACGCACCGACCUUUGAUUUACGAUUCAUAGAUUGAGAUUUGUAAUAUGGAAACGACGGUGGUUUGACCUUUUUGCACAGCAUGUGUGUUUUUUUUCUUUUUUUUUUAGAAAUGUUUCCAGUAGCGAUUGCCAAAGGCAGAUGUAUCCUGCAGUGUUGUCUUGGUCUUUGUGUUGUGAAAUAAAAAAAUAGAGCCAUGAUAAAUAAGUUUUAAACUUCCCAUCAGAAUUGUAAGCUAUGUAGAAUUCAACUGAAAAACAAAGACUUUUUUUUUUUUAAAGUGAUGAAACUGAAUCAAAAUUUGGUUCAACAUCUUGUCUUUAAAGACAAAUGUCUUCAAAUCUCUAAAUGUAUGGACUUAUCUUUUCCACAGUCCUCGUCAGAUGAAGCCACAGAUUUUCUGCUGGGUGUAGUUCAGGACUCUGGCUAAGUCGUUUCAAAAUUAUCUGAAGAAAAGCAACCCCACAUCAUAAUGCUGCCAGACCCAUAUUUUACCGUGGGAUACUUUUGGGGACCUGUAAUGUUCUUUUUAUGCCAUGCAAACCUUUUGGAAUUGUGGCACAGAAGUUACAUUUUUGUUCUUUGUGCAAAUAAAUAAUCUCACAGAAGAUUUUUAGGAAGCUCUUAACCAGGACUGGAUGUUUUAUUUGACAGAAACCCAUACUGUUUACAAACUCUACCACCUUAGUGAUGUUACUGCCUAUAUUUUCUUCAGUUACUUAUCACUGCCCUCAUAGCAAACUAGUUUUUACACAGUUAUUCUGAAAAUUUGGCAAAUUAAGGUUUAACAAUAUUUUAUUUUUGCACAUUCUAACAUUUCUUCUGGCAUAAAGUUUUGAAGUAAAAUCAAAAGGUGAUUGGAAAAAGUCUUACUUUAAGGUUGUGGAAACACUCAUGAAACCCGGUUAUGAUGGAUUUUUUUAACAAUAACGUUGCAAAACUGUUUUUCAGUUGAAUUUUACAAAAGAUGGGUUACAUUAGAGGAUGGGGAAGUUUAGAAAUAUGCAGCAUGGUCUAAUUUUUUUACGUCACGCAAACAUGGCUUUUAAACGAGGUCGAGUGAAAGUUUAUGAGAAGGAUGUAUUAAACAAAAGCUGGAGUUGGAAAAACUACAAAAUAAACUGUCAAAGAUGCUCAUGUGAUUCUAGGAAACACUGGAUGAUCUCAGACGUGUCCAUGAAAAGUCAAUAAGCUAAACAUGACUGUAAUAUAUUUAUGUGUAAAUUAUAGCACUAGCCUCUCUUGUGACACACUGGACAAUAUCAAAACAACAUAGGAUGCUUAGGAAAAUAAUUAGAGCCUUUUAGGUGCCUAUUGGCUGCUGUCUAAUUCUUAUUCUGCCAGAAAGUGUACUCUGUAUCCAAACAUGUGAAAAUUCAGCCAAGUGCCACUGAAAAACUUGAUUUUCAUUUAUUUAUUUUUAACAUCAUUAGGAUCUAUAGAUAUUUCUCUGAUGUUCUGGAACAACUGGUUGUUGUCGUGCUGUUUUCCAAAUCACCUGAUGUGUAAACUUUAUUUGCAAUGUUUAUGUAGAAAGUGCCUAUUCAUGUCCUCAUAACACCUGUUGCAGAAUGCAUUCAGUGUACCUGAUCUUGAGGGAGUACGUCACACAAUCGCACCAUUACACUCACUCCUCUGCACAGUAGAAGUGGAGCGCUCCAGCUUGUCCGCGUUACGGCUUUAUUUUCAUUUUUCUGCCUCUUCCAUUUUCUACUGGAACAGCUUGACUUUUUUAGAAACGCCACGAUCGGGGUUUGCUGCCUUGCGCUCAUCCUCCUGUUUGUGGUCAGAAUGCAUAGCCAAUGCAAUGUUUUGGGGGGAAAAAAGUGGGAGAAGGAUUUAUAAUGCUUGCAUGGUAAAUAGUUAACUGGGUGACUGAGCUGCACCUAAAGCAUGCUUAUUUUCUUUGGACUGGUAGUCAGAUAGACUUGAUAAAGACAUAAUGUUUGCAAAACAGUAAGCAGCUGGUUUGGUGUAUCAUAGAGGGGAGAAAUGUGAUUGUAGGGGAGACAAAACCUGCAAACGAAGCCAAUGAUCAGCACUUGGUAGCUACGGAUGUUUUCAUGGCAGAGCAUGAGGACAGACUUAUAUUUCGCAACAAGUUUCUUAGAUGUUUCUUUUGCUUUUAUUGUUCAUUUAGACUCAGUCAGUGUACCACCAAACUCACUUCUAGGACAGAUGGACACAUAAGCAUUUAGCGUUGGUUGACCUCCCUUUUGUAUUUUACUCAGGGUGCCAAAAUGGGGAGGAGGAAACAGAGCAGGACAUGCAUUUCACGUCAGAGGAAGCUAAAACCCGAAAACACAAAUGGUUAAAACACAUGGAACUGAAGGUUUCAUUGUACAAUGUUUAAAGUAAAUUAAUACAAUAAAUUUCGUCUUACUAACCUUGAACAGGUGGAACCCUGAAAUGGACUCCAACCCUAUGUAGCUCUUGGAGAUGAAUGACUUUUAUGAAGAUCUGCAUUACUCUUUAGGCCUUUAAUUUAUUUAGGUGUCAAACUGUAGAGGGUAUUUAAGAUUAGGUGUAGUUCUAUGAAAACUGCAACUACAAAUCUUGUUUUUUACUGCCAUUUCUCGAGGGUGGAGUGACAGGCACACUUGUUUAGCACACAGCGUUUAUCAGUUCUAAGAUGUUCUGCAAAUUGACCUGAGAAUCUGCCUUUCCUCCUCUUCCUUUUUCCGAAGCACCCAAACCGCAGAAAGGUAGGCGCAUCAGGGCAACAGAACAGAAACCAGUUCAGCAGUAUGAUCCACGUGUUGACACAGCAAUAAAGAAAUUAUUUUGUGGAGCCCUACCAGGCCUAGCAAAGUUUAAAAAUGACUGGACACGUGUAGUCGACUUACUCUUUAUGCAAAUGCCAGUAUUGCAAGACAAGCAUUCAGUAGUUUAUUGACAGCAAUUAUAUGGCACCCUUUACCCAAUUGCACGUUUUCAUCAAUUCCAAACUGAAGAGAAGAAAAAAUAGCCCUGCUUUGAUAGAAAGUCAUGGGUUCUCGACACUUUGCAUGUGAACUAGUGUUAGAUCUCUUUUCCUCUCCUCUAUAGCUGUCUUUCUCUCUGUCUUUCCCUGUUAUGUGACCCGAGUUUUCUCCUCUCCCUGCCCUUAGAAAAAAUGUCCAUCUCCUCUCGGUUCUCCUAAUGUGUUAUGCUUUCCUCCUUUUUCUUCCCUUUUCUUGUUUGUAAGUUUUAUUUUUGUAAUUGUGCAUGUACAAGCGUCACUGACUCAAUGGAUAUGUUUAAAAAAAAAAGAGAUUUCUGCUGCUGAAGCCAUGCAAAACAUUUUGAAUUGCCCUUAAAAUAUGGAAGAUGUUUUCUGAAUGCUUUAUAUUCUUUCUGCUGUAAAAUAAUAAAAAAAGGAGAAAAUGAAGAAAACUUGA